UGGCAUCAAUGCCGGCGAUUUAGUACCUUGGCGAGAUCUUUUUAGACUUGGUAUAAAUCAAAUAUUGCAUUACUUUAUUGUAAAUAAUUACGUUUGUAAAUCUUGGAUGCGGACGAACGGUAGAUUCGCCAAACCUUACUGCCAAUGUUGGAACAGGCAUGCUCCACUGUCAUGGACUCAGAUCGAAUCGCGUUGUUCCUGCGGAGAAGAAAGUGAUGCACAGGAAUGGAACUGGGAGCAACCGGUCUCCACAGGCCCUGGCUGGGUUGUGGUUAGUGAGAACAAGAAGCAGGUCACAUUCCAUCCAUACUACAGUUCUGGUACCGCAGCAGUCAGAGGAGACACUGCAUUAUUGCAUGAUCAUCAUUAUUACUGGGAGAUCAAGAUGCUAACGGAGACUUAUGGCACAGAUAUUAUGAUCGGCCUCGGCACGAACAAGGUGAACAUCUCCGACUCCCAGUUCCAGUUCAUAUCGCUCCUCGGGCAAGACAAAGAGUCCUACGGCCUCUCGUACACCGGAGCCGUGAGACAUAACUCCACCGUUGCCAAAGAUUCGCCCGGGUUCUGUCGCGGAAGCAUCAUUGGUGUUAGAGUGGACAUGUGGCGCGGGACGCUGGAGUUCUACAUCAACAGACAAGCUCAAGGAAUAUCUUUCUACAAUCUCCGUCGCCACCAGACCCUCUUCCCGAUGCUAUGUUCCACCGCAGCUCAAUCCUCCAUGCGACUUAUAUACGCCGCGUCAUGGCGGGCUUCCCUUCUCGUGGACGCCGCCAAAAUCCUGUCCGCCUCACUGAAUAAGCAAAAUCGCUUGAAGAUCCCGCCUGGCCUCUGGUAUAAGCUGAAGUCGCAGUUCUGGCUUACACUUCCCACUGACGGUGAUAUAGUUCUCGAGAGUGAUGAUCAAAAGGACAACGAAGAUAUGGAGGUAGACGACCUAGACCCCACCGGUACCUCGACCAGUAUGAUAGAUAUCGAGAUACCGGACCACUGCAUAAAUGGUUACUACGUGGACAAUGUGGACCCUGCCUACCGCAUCGUAUUGUGGCACUGACUUCGUCAUCGUGUUGGAUUCCGAUAUGUGUUCUAUUUUUCUUAAUCCAUUGACAAGUAAUAAAAUUUAAGAUAUACGUGUAAGAUAUGUAUUAAAUCUGAUGAGCAGAUUUUGAUGGAACUGCUGUAUUAAAGACCAACUUCGAAAAGCCGACCAAAAACAUAUUAAUUAGAUUAAAUUGCAGUAAUACCAAAUAAUUGGGAAAAACACAUAGGAGGUAUCAUUUACUGGGGUUUAUUCACAACUUUCUCUUCUCUUGUUAUUUUGACAAGCUCAUCAAAUCAACCUAUUUGUGAAAGUAGUGUGUUCAAAUUAAACUGUAGAUUUUAGAGUUCGCACUAGAUAUAACUUAAUAAUCCGCUACACAUGCGAUCGAGCUUCACUACGAAUAAUUGAGCUCAAGCCAAAUAGUGUAAGCAGCAUGCGCGAGGUCCAUUUUCCUAUCGAAAAUCGAAGCAUGAUCAUGUGGACGGGCCAUUAUUCUAGUUAAAGAACAUUGUAUAUACAUAGUGUAACUGUGACUAGAUAAAAUACCUAGUUCAUACAUAUCCUUUGAAAUCCGUCUUUGGCCUUAGUGCAGCGUUAAUAGAUUUUACAGCAAUGAACACUUUGCUCGAGUAAGUUGAGCCAUAUUUGCUAAUGCGGCAUCGGCUUGACUCUGUUAGAAAGAGCUGUUUAUCCGUGCAAUAAAAGCGAAAAAGGCAUUGCGCGUUUCCGUUCCGUUUGGAAUACCGACGUGAAAAUCAACGUCUUUUUCGCUUCUAUUGCAUGUACUUAAAACUUUUUUAACCGGUCUGUUGCGAUUCCCUGUCAAUGUUGCCAAGUUAUUUUCAAAAAUGUCAUUGAUUCGCGUCACAACAAUUAUUGCCAUAUGAAAAAUUAAAUACUGCCCAAAUAAAUAAGUUAUUACUAACUGUUGCCCAGUGUUUAUAUAACUGCCCUAAUAAAAGUUCUAAGUUGGUAACACACAGUGUUAUCCGCGCGAACCGCAUGCUGCCUACGGUGGUCUUAGGAAAAUAUGAGAGAUGUUUUAAGCCCCAAAGUUUUGUAAGGACAUACGAGUAUCUAACCUCUUUCGUGUAAUAGCGGUUACACAUGGCGACUUUCGAGCAGCGAUGGAGUAGAGAUGCAGUCGCUAAUCGUCUGCCUUUACAUACGUGCGAGAUUUUAAGCAUCGUCUGAUCGUAAGAUCGUCUGCAUCGAUACAAACGCGCGAUUGCAUCGAUGCAAUCGCCUGUAAUGCCGGGUGCACGAGACUUUCACUUGCGUUUUGCGCUUGCUUGCGUUGGCUGAGUACACGGCGUAGAAAUCUUCCACCCGCGCAAAGGCGUUCACGAAUCUUUGCGUUGCGGAGAGACUUGCGCGCAUGCGUGGCGCCUUGCAUUUGGAUUGUUAACACUUUCGAACCGGCUGCUUGUCUGUGAUUGGCCAGUGAUGCUGUCCUCCGCAAACGUUCAUUAUUGCUUGUGAAAACUUUUCUUGUUAAAUAAAACUGCAGACACACACUAAAACAAUAUAUUCUUCCCGAAAAACCAAUACCUUCCGUCGUCCGCGGCCAUUACCGCCACAAACUACUGACAGUUCUCGUGUGUUGUAGCAAUUACCAACUUAUUUUAUUAAUAAUUAGAAUGAAUGUUAUUAUAAUCAAAUUCCUUACAUGUAAAUUAAUGAAACAUUAAAAUAACUUCAUUCCUAUUGCAUAUAUAACAAAAUAAACAGUAUUUCAUUUAUGAAGAACACUAAAACGUAACUAUAUAAUUUACUUAAGAGUCU